AUGGAACGACACCCUCUGCUGCCUUCUGAUCGGCUGAAAGGUGUGCAGCACGCGACGGCAUCCCGAGAGGCUGCAGCUCGGCAUACCGUGAAAAGAUACCUUACCUCAAAGACUGGGCACUACAGCGUCCUGCUGUUGGUGUCACUCGACGUGACGUCCAUCUUGACGGACCUCAUCUUGCAACUACUGACCUGCGAAGGUCGGGUGCCUGCGAAGGAUGGGCGCGAGGCGCAGAAUGUGCUUGGCAUCGUGAGUCUGGUGUUCAGCUGCUUGUUCAUGGCCGAAUUACUGGCUAGCUUCUGUGUGUUUGGGUGGAACUAUUUCCGCUCGUGGUUCCAUUGCCUGGAUGCUACUGUCAUCACGGCCGCCUUCGUCAUUGACGUACUACUCAAGGGCGUGUUGGAGGAGGUUGGGUCAUUGGUGGUGGUGUUACGCCUGUGGCGUGUAUUCAAGAUCAUUGAAGAGCUGAGCGCCGGCGCAGAAGAGCAGAUGGAGCCUUUGCACGAGCGCUUGCAUGAGCUGGAAGAGCAGAACGCAAAACUCCGACGUGAAUUGGCUCUUUUGGGGACGAGUCGGGUCCCAGAAGUCGUUGAGAAUCCAUGA